AUGUGUGAACGAUCAUCAUUAUUUCUUAUUGAAGCAAAAUCAAUUUUAUAUGAUCUUUUGAAACGUACUUUAGAAUUAUUCGACUUAUGUUUUCAUUUCGUUGAACAUUAUCGUAUUGAUAAAUAUUUUAUUGAACGUGAACAAAAACGUGAUUAUAAUUAUUUUUCUCUUUCUAAACCAUGUAAAUUAAAUUUUAAUAUUAUAUCUGAUAUUGAUAUAUAUCUUCAUCGUUUAUAUACAUCAUGUCGUUUAACAAGAAGUAAUUUACGUUCAUUACAUGCUUCUCGAAUGUUAUCAUCACAUGAUUAUAUAGUUAUUGAUGAUGAAAUUUAUGAAUUAAUUAAAUUUUUUCAAUUAAAAGUCAAUAAACAAUGGCAUCAAUAUCAAUCAAGAGAAAAAGAACAAGAAAAAACAAAUAAAUUUCAACAAUUUGAUCAUAUUAUUAAUAGAAGAUAUCAUUCACAACGUAUGAUUCAUAAUUCACAAACAAUUGAAUCAUUUGUAUUUCUUCCUGAAACUUCAAAACAUAAUAAUAAUUCUCAACAAAUAAAUUCAUCUAAUAAAUUACAAUCAACAAAUUCUCAACCAAUAGAUGAAUAUCAUCAUAUAUUAAUAAUAUUUCGAAGAAUUUCUUAUUUUUAUCAAUUACUUAUUGAUGAAUUAUAUGGCGUUCAUAGUGUACAAGAUUCAGAUAUUCUUCAACUAAUUGUAGUUAAUAUUAUUCGAUUACUUUUAUUUAUUGCAAAUAAAUUAAAACAAUAUAUUAAAAUUAAUUCAUCAUCAAUAAUUAAUAAUAAUCAUUUUCGUAUAAAACGAAAUGAAGAAAUUUGUCGUGUGGAAAAAAAACCAAUGUCAACAACAAAAUCAAAAUUUAAAUUAAUAGAAAUUCAUCCGACUAAUAUUAAUACUUUAGCAUUAUCAAAAUCUUUGAAUGAUGGAAAUUUCAAUGAAGAAAAUAACGAUAAAAAUAUUGAAUAUGUUCGAAAUGAUAAUCAUUCAUCAAAUAUUAUACAAGAUAAUCAAACGAAUUCAUUAGAUUUUGAUGAAGAUGAAUUUUAUCGUUUAGCUAAUCUUGAACGAGACGAUUAA